UGGUGUUUCUGCUGUUGUCAGAAGUGCCCUUAUUUCCUGUCGGAAGAAGAUAAAGCUGCUGUUGUGUUAGAUAAAGAAAUCAACAAAAUACUGAGAGACCAGAAAAAGCGAGACAGGAUGGAGCUGAAGCUACUUCUACUAGGUUUCCUUCACUCCUACUUUCCAACCCUCAUCCGGCCUGCAUUGGAGAAACUGCUUUUGCCGUCUUGUUGCGGAUGAAUACCAGGCUUGCUCCAAGAGGAGCGUAUGGCGUCCACCAGUCCCUGCUGCUCACGAAGGAGGAGUUCAAACUGGAACAGGUUCAGAGAAGGGCUACCAGGAUGGUCAGGAGACUGGAUGCCCUGUCUUAUGAGAGGAGAUGAGAGCUUGGCUCGUUUAACCAGCAAAACAAAGGCUGAGUGGGGAUAUGAUUGCUCUCCCUAAAUACGUCGUCGGCGGGUGUGUGUAAAAGCCAGGGAGAUAUUUCAGCUAAAGGAGAAUAUUAGCAAAAGGACAAAUGAGGUAAACUGGCCAUGAAUCAACUUAGGCUGGCGAUGAGAAGAAGGUUUCUAACCAUCGGGGGAGGAAGGUUCUGGAACAACCUCCCGAGGGGAGUAGUGGGGGCAAACAACCUAACUAGCUUCAAGACAGAGCUUGAUGGGUCUCUGAAUGAGAUUCUGUGAUGGGGUGACCUGGGAUUAGCAGGGGACUGGACUGGUGGCCAGGAGGCCCCUUCCAGCCUAUGGAACCAAGGGCUGGAUAUACAAGCCUUGGUCUCAGAUCCCUUAUUAAUGGGACAGAGCCAGCUGGCAUUCCCAGGUGGUGCGCUCUUUAGUGCCGGCGAAAGGAAGAAUUGGCCCGAGAGUCCCAGAAUCUGAAGUCUCCAGGCAUCUCCAGGGCUGGUAGGAGAACUCAGGCUUCAGAACCCCUUCAACCUGUGUCCUCUCUGCUGUGGCUUUUCCACGUGGAAAAGAAUUGAGAGGCUCACCUGACAGGAAAUGCACUUCUCCUGCAGCCUCAUGGAGAGACAGCAAUAGGAUAGUUAAAAUUGGGGGGAGGAGGGGAGGACAUGUGAUCUCCCUCUCCCCCUCCUUGAUGGAGGCAUAUCCCAGGGGGAGGGAUAGCUCGGUGGUGUGAGCAUUAGCCUGCUCAACCCAGAGUUGUGAGUUCAAUCCUUGAGGGGGCCAUUUCGGGAUCUGGGGCAAAAAUUGGGGAUUGGUCCUGCUUUGAGCAGGGGAUUGGACUAGAUGACCUCCUGAGGUCCCUUCCAACCUUGAUAUUCUAUGUCGCAGACCAUUUCCUGUUGCAACCUCCCAGACUCAGCAUGGUCAAACAGUCUGUCUGUGGGGCCAGGGAGUGGCUAUGAAGUACUUGCCCCUUGACUCUUGAUUGUGGGUGACCUCAGGUUCCCCACCAGGUUCCCCACCAGGUUCAUGACCCCAUCUCCCCGAGGAAGUCUAAGGUCUCUCUCCUGUCUGAGGCCAACAGGCACUGGGGAAAGCGGGAAGAGCACGUUCAUCAAACAGCUGCGGAUAAUCCACGGGGCGGGCUAUUCAGAAGAGGAUCGCAAAGACUUUGCCAAGCUGGUGUAUCAGAACGUCUUUGCCUCCAUGCAGGCCAUGAUCGGAGCCAUGGAGACUCUGCAGAUCCCUUACGCCCGGCCAGAGAACAUGGAAAACGCCAAGCUGGUCACGGGGGUAGAUGCUUCGAAGGUGGCGGCCUUGAACAGGCCGUACGCAAACGCCAUUGAAAGCCUAUGGAGGGACGCGGGGAUCCGGACCUGCUACGAGAGACGGCGGGAGUAUCACUUACUGGACUCAGCCCUGUACUUUCUGUCCAGCCUGGAGCGUAUCGCGGACGACUGUUACGUCCCCACAGCGCAGGACGUCCUGAGGAGCCGCAUGCCGACGACCGGCAUCAGUGAAUACUGCUUCUCGAUGCAGAAGAUGAUCUUAAGGAUCGUGGAUGUGGGUGGGCAGAAGUCGGAGCGCAAGAAGUGGAUACACUGUUUCGAAAACGUUAUUGCCCUGAUUUACCUGGCUUCCCUCAGCGAGUACGACCAGUGCCUGGAGGAGAAUAGCAAGGAGAAUCGGAUGAGGGAGAGCCUGGCCCUGUUCAGAACCAUCCUGGAGCUGCCCUGGUUCCAGAGCGCCUCCGUGAUCCUCUUCUUAAACAAAACUGACCUCCUGGAGGACAAGAUCACCCACUCGGACCUGGCUGCUUACUUCCCCAGCUUCCCAGGACCCAAGAGGGAUGCGGAGGCGGCGAAGAAGUUCAUUCUGGAGAUGUACGUGGACACGUACAAGCGAUGCUCAGCUGUCCACCAUGACACAGGCCAGAGACCCUCCAAGUUGGCCUCCAAAUCCAGAUGCCUCUACCGCCACUACACCUGCGCCACGGAUACGCAGAACAUCCGCAAGGUCUUCAAGGACGUCAGGGAUGUGGUCUUGGUUGGCUAUUUGGACGACAUCAACCUGCUGUGAUGGGAAGGGCUCAGGCCGGGUUCAUGCCCGGCAGCGACAUCACGGUGCUUGGCGUUGCCAGGUCACAAGGGGACGAACCAGCUGGGGGUCGGGACAACGGACGUUGGCGGCUGCUGCUCGUAAAGCACACUUGGAACGUUCCCCUGAUGCUGAGUUUGGACGGGCGCAGGCCUGGGGCUGGGAGCGCGUGUGGGGAACGGUCUCCCUUGGUUCUGCCUCGGCUCAGAGGUCUGUGGAGCCGCCUUUCUCAUGGCAUCCUGCCAGAAUCCCUGCCGAGCUGCCUGCAGAGCAUCCUCUCGGGCUUUCUCUAGGGGUCAGUUUUACCCCUUUCUGUGGGAGAUGGGCCCAAAGCCCAGCACUGACGGGGGAUUGGCUCCUAUGAUGGCUUGUGGCUUCUUCAAGGGCUAUUUUCUCCAUCCCUUCGUGCUGGUGGAGGGGCUGCUUCUUGCCGGGACGCUGGGCCCAGCUUUGUUUUUAUUGUCAGGGGUUUUUUCAUGGGGAUUUGACCCUAGGAAUAGGUGCUGGAUUGAGAGUCCCGGAGACCAAACUUCCCUGUUUAUCCACAGCCCCGGGGUAGCCUUCCCCAGCACUGCCCAGCCAAAGUCCUGCCCCUCUGACUUACGGGGUCACCUAUAAGGAUGAGAGGGGAGUUAGACCACCGUGGCUCAUUCAGUCGUUGGCCUCCUCUGCUUUCCUGCAGGGGAAAUAGGUAGCAACUCCCGCUCAGCGGGAGAAGAGAAGCCACGGCUGCCCGGUUGGACUCUGCCAGGGAGCUGCCGUGUGUGUGUGUGGAAUCUCUCUUGCUCCCAGGAGUCUCUAGCCUACCAAGGCAUCGUGGUGAACGGCACCUCGUGUUCUGAUGCUCAGAGGAAGGCAUGAGUGGCGACGUGAGCGAGUCUCUCUUCUGGCGGGAGGACAACCACCUCCUGGAGAAGGAGUGGGAACUUCUCCAGAGGGAGCUGGGGCAGGCGUCCGGUCCCACCGUCCGCAAAACCAUCUCCCCAGACAGGAGACCCAGCGUGAGCCUCUGCGCAUGGGCAUUCAGCCAGAGCGGAGGGGUGAACUGAAUAGGGACUGUUGUGAAGGCCAAUUUAUGAAACAAUCUUCAUGGGGGUAGGGGGAAAUUAUGUUAACCCCCCCAUCAAUUCUCUUAUGUUUGUCUGCAGUUCUCUUCCUUCUGGUAUCUGCAAACCACACUACAGCACCUCCUUAAAGAGCCUCCUAGUUCAGCGGUUCUCAAAGAUUUGUAUUGGUGACCCCGUUCAGACAGCAAGCCUCUGAGUGUGACCCCCCCUUUAUACAUUAAAACCACAUUUUAAAAUAUUAAA